UAUUAUACCUGCCAAAAAACGGUGAAAACUUCUACGAAUUUUUCACCACCUUAUACCCCGAAGGAAACAAACUCCUGGUACCCUUACUCGCCAUGAAGAAGAACCAUUUUUGGAGAAACUUUUUCUUAUGCAACCUAUGUAUCGGUAGUCUGAUCGCGCUCAACGCUUGGUUCUUUCUAGCCAAUUUCGGAUGGAUUUACUACAAGUAUAUUAUUUUUAGAGACCUAGAAUUCUACGUUUACAAUUUUGUGCUACUUCUCUGUCUAGCCCUAGCUCGGAAACUUGAGCUGAGAUUUGCCGAAUUAAACGAAAUUUUGCAAUACAAAACUGAAAGUUUCCUGAAAAGCAACGCGGCAAGAAGAAGAAACAUCCAGCUGACUGAGCAAGAGAAUCUGGCAUUUAUCAUGAGCUCUGAACAUUUUUACAGUGUUAGAACUUUCCGUAUUAUGCACUACGAUCUGUGUAACCUCGUGAAAACGUAUAAUGAUAUGUUCGGAAGGAUAAUUUUGAGCUCCGUCGUUUUCAACAUCGCAAACUUGCUUGCCAAAGUUACAUUUGUUAUAGAUUACUGUAUCAACAUAAAUAGCGUUGAACAACGUAGACUAUGGGGCUAUUUCCUUGGUAUUAUCGGGUUCUGGAUAUUCGCUAACGUUGGACAAACGUUUCUAUUUUCGUUUUAUGGCGAUCAAUUACAGAAAGAGGGCGAAAAAACUACAAGGAUAUGUUUCUACUUGCUCAACAGAGUAUCGAUAACCCCUUGCAACGAUGACGAGAAAUUGGUUCAAGACGAGUUGAAAUUAAUGGCUUACCAGAGUUACACAAGGAUUCCGGCUCUAUCGGCCGGAGGUUUCUUUGAUAUCAAUUUUAGAGUUUUAGGUCUCAUGAUUAGCAGUAUAACUUCGUAUUUAAUGGUCAUUAUACAGUUUUUAUUGCGACCUAAUAAUUCGUCUUAGAUAAUAUACAUUUAUAUUAAGUUAAUUUAAUAAAUUAUUUUUGUAACUAUUUAUUAAAUGAUUAUUUCUUUUAUUACAAAAAUUUAAUAAAGCGAUGAAUUAUGAAGAAAUACUUGAAUAGUACCACAAGGAUACUACGAAUACUACGGCAGUUAGUUAACAUUCUAGUCAUUGCAUAAAACUUAAUAAAAAAAUGUUUUACACAUUAAGUUGGAUUAGCCAUAAAAGCGUGUUUUAAAGCUUACUAUACCUAGUGAUUUUUUAACUAAA